AUGCAUGAAUCCAGUAAAGCAGCUAUUCAAAGAUCGGUUGCAUUAAUCCUGAUGAAGUAUAAUGAUUAUGUUGGUGCUAGGAAUAAGUUACUCGAGGCACGGACAUCAGAUCCAGGACUUGAAUAUAUUGAUGAGUUGAUAAAAGUAUGUGACAUGGUAUGUGCAGUUAAUUCUCAAGGGAGUGGAAUCAGUUGGUGCUCGGUUCUUGGGAUUAACAAUACAGCCGAUCAGGAUGACAUAGAGUUUGGGUACAAGGAGCUGAUGAGAACUUUGGAACCCGUUAAGAACAAAUUUCCGGAGAUUCAAUCAGCUUUGGGUCUCAUUGGAAAAGCUUAUAGCGAGUUUGAUUCGAGAGGAGCUGCAAGCUUAUUCACUGUUGGUCAGUUUUUGGCUGUCUACGAUCAAGAAAAAAUGCCUCGGGUGUAUGCUCAAAUUAUUGGAAUAGAAAGUUGUUAUAAAAAGGAAACAAAUAGCACAGAUAACAUACUGUAUGUCAGGUGGCUGAGACCUGCACCUACCAACCCAGAUGAGAGAAAAUGGCAUGAGGCAGGUUUGCCUGUUUCUUGCGGGUUCUUUAAGAUUGAUAGUGUAGGCAAAUGUGACAUCGGUGCUAUCUCACAUUUGGUGUCGUCUUUUCGAGAAUAUCACUAUUCUGACAAACUGUUUGAGCUUUAUCCACAAGAAGGUGAAGUAUGGGCACUUUAUGAAGAGUGGAAACCAUUUGAUUGGUGCUCGGAUCCUAAAACAGGAAAAGGAUGCAAGUUCUCGCUCGUGGAAAUUCUCAGUGAUUACUCGGCUGCAGCUGGUUUUAAGGUUGCAUCAUUAGGAAAGGUGGCAGGGUAUAGUACCAUCUUUCGAAGGAGUGGCGAAUCUUAUCAUAUUGAUGCUAGCAAAUUGUUUGGGUUUUCUCAUGAUAUCCCAGUUAGGUCCACCGGUGACAUGAAGGGUCUAUUUGCAGGUACGGUACUUGAUCUCGACCCAUUAUCAGUACCUAAGGAUGUUGUUGUUGAUACAGUUGCAGCAGAAUUCAGUAAUGGUUCUUCCAGUAUUAUGCACCAGAAUUCUUUUCUUGUAUACGACCUAGGUACAAAAAAGGUUGGUGUAACCCGUAAAUAUAGAAUGUCAUCCAAAUACCACAACAUUUUGUCUUCUAAGAGUCUUUUGUAG